UACAUACACUUUUUACAAUUUCAAUUUCUUCAAUUUCAAAGAGGUUAUUUAUUUCAUUUCAAAGUGGCAGAACUCGACGAGCAUGUUCAAAGCCAUUACGAUCCUCAUUUGAAUCGAAAUUUGAUUUCAAUUUGUAGUGUUCAUAUAUUUCUCAAUGGCUCAGAUUCCCAACCUAGAUAAUGCUCCCGUCAAUCUCACAUCCAUCAGAGAACACUCUCAAAAGGAGCUCAUCAACAUCCUCAAGAAUGUUAGAGGAAAGAAGUGUUUGGUCAUUGAUCCCAAGCUUGGAGACUCUCUUUCCCUUAUCAUACAGUCAUCAAUUCUCAAGGAGCAAGGGGUUGAGUUGCGGCAUCUUUCGGCUGACCCAAUUCAAAGUGACUGUACCAAAAUUGUUUUCCUUGUGCGCUCUCAGCCUGAUUUGAUGAGAUUCAUAUGCUCUAACGUUCACGAUGAUGUAUCUAAAGGGCUACAGAGAGAAUAUCAUGUUUAUUUUGUCCCCCGUCGUACUGUUGUUUGUGAGAAAGUCCUUGAGGAUGAGAAAUUACAUCAUUUGUUUACAAUAGGGGAAUAUCCAUUGUAUUUGUUGCCAAUGGAUGAGGACGUCCUAUCGUUUGAACUUGAUCUUUCUUUUAAAGAAUGCCUGGUUGACGGUGAUGCAAGCUCACUUUGGCAUAUUGCAAAGGCCAUUCACAAACUUGAGUUUUCUUUUGGAGUGAUACCAAAUGUGCGGGCAAAAGGAAAAGCAUCCGUGCGUAUUGCGGACAUCCUAAAUCGAAUGCAAGCUGAAGAGCCGGUUAACUCAUCUGAUAUGGUUAUGCCAGAGAUAAACACAGUAAUCCUCUUAGAUAGAGAGGUGGACAUGGUUACUCCUUUGUGUUCCCAACUAACGUAUGAGGGGCUACUUGACGAGUUUCUUCACAUCAACAAUGGUUCUGUUGAGAUUGAUGGAUCUAUUUUGGGUCUUCCACAAGAUGGAAAAAAAACUAAAGUCCCACUUAAUUCAAGUGACAAGCUAUUUAAGGAGAUAAGGGAUCUCAACUUUGAAGUUGUAGUCCAGAUUUUGCGUCAAAAAGCAACAUCCAUGAAGCAAGACUACACAGAUAUGACAACAACAACGCAGUCAGUUUCUGAGCUGAAGGACUUUGUGAAAAAGCUGAACUCAUUGCCAGAGAUGACUAGGCACAUAAAUCUUGCUCAGCAUCUAUCAACGUUCACGUCAAAGCCAACUUUUCUCGGGCAGCUUGAUAUGGAACAUACAAUUAUUGAGGCCCAAAGUUAUGACAUAUGCUUUGAGUAUAUUGAAGAAUUGAUCCAUAAGCAGGAGCCUUUAAUAACAGUUCUACGCCUUCUGGUCUUAUUUUCUAUCACUAAUUCUGGGUUGCCAAAGAAGCACUUUGACUAUUUCAGGAGAGAGCUACUGCAUAGCUAUGGAUUUGAGCAUUUAGCGACACUAAAUAACUUAGAGAAAGCCGGACUCUUUAAAAAGCAGGAGUCAAGAAGUAAUUGGCUUACUAUAAAACGUACUCUGGAGCUUGUGGUUGAAGAUACUGAUACAGCCAACCCCAAUGAUAUUGCUUAUGUCUUCUCCGGAUAUGCACCACUUAGCAUUCGUCUUGUCCAGCAUGCCAUUCGAUCUGGAUGGCGUCCUGUUGAAGAAAUUUUGAAACUGCUGCCUGGACCUCAUUUGGAAACUAGAAGGGGAGGAUUCUCAAACAGUCCAUCAUUUGACACUUUAUCUGGGAUCCCAACCAGCAUGGCAAAAGUACCUGAUGGAAGGCGUGCCCUGGUCCUUGUUGUCUUUGUUGGGGGUGUUACAUUUGCGGAGAUUUCUGCACUUCGAUUUCUCAGUGCUCAGGAAAGCAUGGCAUAUGAUUUGGUUAUUGCAUCAACAAAAAUAGUCAAUGGCCAAACCCUGCUUGAAACAUUCAUGGAAAAACUAGGUUGAUUAAUGCUUGAGUUUUUUUUUCUUUAUCAUGGAGGCUUUUCUUGAUCCAGCGAAGCAAGUUAAUCUGAUGAUGCCAAACCAAUCCUAUGCCUAACGGAGUUCUUUUAGUCUAGGAUGAUGAAUGAAGCUCUGAUGAAAGUUAUGAAUACUAUAAGGACUAUUUUUCGCCGUGCUCUAUUCCAAUUUAUGAACAAUGAUUGGACGUUGUAUGCAAGUGUGUUAUUGUUGAUUUUGGUUGUAUAUACUAAGUGACAAUUGUCUUCUCCACUCAACUUGGAAACUUAAAUAGCGGCUUUGGUCAUUCCAGACCUUUAAAUCCACUAAACUUUUUAUGCUAA